GGCGGGGCGGUGACGUUGCGCGCGGGCCGGCGGGGCGGGGCGGGGAGGAAGAGGAGGAGACCCGUGCGCCUCCGGGCCGAGCCAGCGGCGCCCCCUGCAGAGGCUCCGUCUCCGGCGGCGAUUUCGGCGCGGCGCUCGCGAUGCGCUCGGCCUGAGCGCUCCCUCGCCGCCGCGCCCGGUUGCGGCCCCUUCGCGGUCGGGGGCAGCGAUGGCCGUGGGAGGCUGGCAGGAGGCGGCGGCCCAGCAGGCCGAGGAGGCGGCGGCCCGGGUGCGGGACGUCUUGUCGGGCGGCCUGGGCCUGCUGCGCGCCGAGCUGGGCCUGGAGCUGGGCCUCGACCCGCGGGGCCUCCCGACCUGGCUCGCCCUGGCCGCCCCGGCCGCGCUGGGGCUGCUGCUGCUGGGGCUGCUGCUGGCCGCGGCCUGCGGCGGCGGCUUCCGCAAGAAGCGGGCGCGCAGCGCGGCGGAGCGGAAGGGCGAGGAGGCGGCCGCGCCGGGCCUGACAGGCGGCGGGGGCCCGAGCAAGGCGGCCGCGGGCCCGGGGCCCGGGCAGCUGCUGCUGAAAGGCGAAGAGCAGAAGAAGCGGAACAGGAAGAAGCCGGUGGAGAAAGCGGCGCGGCCUAAUGGACAGUCUAUCCUUGACGUAUCUGAAGAUGAAAUACUGCAGACUGUUCGUAGAGAAAAUAUAAAGCAGCCUUCGGAUGCAGAAAAGAAGAAUGAGAAGUCAAAGAAAAAAAAGAAAUCAAAGGGAGAUGCUAAAACGGUUCAGGAUGUGUCACGUCUAGAUGGAAAGGACGUUGAUGAAGGAGCCUGGGAAACUAAAAUCAGUAACAGAGAAAAACGACAGCAACGUAAGCGAGACAAGGUAUUAACUGACACUGGCUCGGGAGAACUGAAUCUCCAAGGAAUAGAAAAUGCAGUUACUGUGUCCAUUGAACAACUGAUGCCUACAGCAUCACUUCCAGUCGGUCUCAGAAAAAAUAAAGGUGACGCGCUUCUGAACGUACAAGUUAGCAACUCUAAAACUGCAAAGGGAGAGUCAGCAAUUCCACAAGUUUCUCCAGGACUGAAUGAAAGCCAUACUGUAAAUGGAGGAAGCUGGAAUGAGAAGCCUGUAAAAAUCUCCCCACAGAUUGGUGUAGGGGAGGAAAAAUGGACAUCUGUGUCCUCAGCUACAGCUGGGAAGAGGAAGACAGAGACAUCAGCCUGGGGCCAGGAUACUGGAGAUGCUAAUGGAAAUGGAAAAGACUGGGGUGUAAGCCUGGUGGGCAGGCCCUGGAAAGAGCGCUCUUUGUUCACUCCUAUUGCUGCUUGGAAUGUGGAUGCAAGGAUUAAUACCUCUGAACAGAAUUCUACUUCUUUCUCUUCAUUUGGAUUAACUCCUGGAGUGUCUGGAUCCAACAGUGAGUCAGCUGCUCAGGCUGGUGCUUCUGAUUUUCAGUGGGAUUUAAGUCAUGCUCAGCCCCCUGUUGAUGACGAAUGGUCUGGGUUAAAUGGGCUUUCUUCAGCUGAUCCCAGCUCUGACUGGAACGCACCAGCAGAAGAGUGGGGAAAUUGGGUAGAUGAAGAAAAAGUUGCUUGUGUUCCACAGCCUGAAGAGACAUCAUCAGAUGUUCAGAAGGCUUCAGAUAAUGAAAGAGAAAAAGCAGACCCACUUCAGAGUUCUGCAAGUGGGAAAUCCAAGAAAAAGAAGAAGAAAAAGAAGAAGCAGGGUGAAGAGGCUAACUCUCCUGCAAAGGACACUGAAGAACUGGAUAGAGAAGCUGGAGAAGAAUUUCAGGAGGAUACCUCAAAAGCUCAACCGCAACAGGAAAUAGCUUUUUCUUUGAAGACCAUAAAUACUAGUGAACCAGCUAAGCCUGAGGAGGCUCCUUCGCUUGCUGUUUCUACUGAGCCAUCUGUAAUUGUAUCAGAAAGUGAUUCUGACAAGAUCACUUCCCAAGUGCCACAGAUGCUGCAAGAGACAGAUGUUUCUAGUCCCAAUAUUAAGCAAAACAGUGUGCCUCCUCCACAGACAAAGUCUGAAGAAAGCUGGGAAUCCCCCAAACAGGUCAAAAAGAAGAAAAAAGCAAGAAGGGAAACGUGAAUUUCCAGAGAUGGACAUGUGUUGCUGAAUAUUAUCAUGAAGAUUAUGCUGUUUAUGCAAUAAUUUGUGAACAUGUACAGAAUUUUAUAUAAAUUUCAACCAAUUUUUAAAAACAGAACUGCUGUGAACACAAACAUCUUUAAAAAGGAGUCAAAGGAAAGUAACUAUGGUAUAGAAAACAGAACAUACUACAUUUGAAAGACAUUCUGAAGAGUGUUUUUUCCAACUUAUGGAGAGAGAUCUUAAUUAAAAACUGGUUUUACAACACAGUGCCCUGUUUACAACAGAUUAUACUCUCAUCUACAGCUGCGGAUAAAUGGUUAAUUUUAAGGGUGUUCUGUAAAAUAAUUGUCUGUACAAUAGUGGGUGUUUCUUGCCUCUCUUCUGAGUGAUGCAUUAGAAGCACAGAAUGUCUACCAUUUGAAUUUGUUUCAUGCCUAAAUCAAAGUGCUUUGAUUAAAUACAUAAUCUGCCAUAUCUUUAUAGUAAGUUGGUUAGCAACUCUGCUAGCUAUUAAAGGAAUCACAAGUGCAAAUCAUUAACUAUUUGUACAGUCAAACCUUCAUGGUUUAUUAUAUGAAGUUAACACAAUAAAACUGCUUUGAGUUAAAAGUUUGAGAAUGUGAUUUGAAACUUGAGUAUGGUUCAUGAAGUUAUUUUUGAUAAUGUCUAUUACCUUACUUGAAUUGUUGAAAAUAACAAUAUAUUUUUAAGAAUGCAGUAAUGUGCAUAAAAUUAGUUUUUUCUGCUUCAUUCCUUACAGAUAUGUUUGAUUCAGACUCCAGUCUAAAAUUGUACCCCUUUAACUUUUAAACUCAUGGAAUGAAUUUAAAUCAAAUGUCCCCUUCUCUUAGCAUUUAUUUACUACACCCAAUUCUGUUCUGUAUUACUAAAACUCUGAAAAAAGCAAGGUGAACUGUUUUCACUCACAAAUUAUAUGGGAUUUCAAAAACUUUUUGAAGAAUUGGCGUGGCUUCAGACAGCUUUAAUUGACAUUGUCUAGACCAGUUAUCAGGAACACUUUUUCUUUUUUUUUUUUUUUUCUUUUUUCUUUUUUUUUUUUUUUUAACUGCCUUAACCUGUAGUAUAUAGAAUGUGUCUAGACUUCUGGACAGGAGUUAGUGUUUUUAUAAAAAAAAAAAAAAAAAAGAAAAAGAAAAACAAACAAACAUUCAUGCAAGUAUAGCAGUUGUAAAAUAAAGAACCUUUCCUGCUUGAAAUUGUUAAUUAAAAUGGUGUUUUAAGAUGUGUUGUCAUUUCUAGGCACUGUGUAAUUACAUGCUAUCAAACUGGCAGGUGCAUUUGUAUCUAUAUGGUGCAUGCUCAGCUGUGUACAUUGUAAAUAGCCUUUACAAAAACUUGUUUGGUAAGGAUGGUAAUUAACAUCACCUGUUGAAUUCUGUUACAGAAGAGCCAUGAUUUUUUUUUUUUUUUUUAAAUGGCUGGCUUUUGGUUUUGUGGAACAAACAGAAUUGUUAACAGCUGUAACACAUGGUACUGUAGAUCAAAAAUCUUUUACUGUCUUACUGUACUUGACUGCAGUUCAGCAGUAUUGCAGGGCAAGAAUAGUUAAUGAAACAAGCUGGGUUUAAUUGUACUGAAAAGGCACCUUGCUAAUGGAGAGCUUUCCUAAUAAAUGGAUAUUAACUUGCACAGGUAUUAACCCCUGUAUAUCAAGAAUAUGCUUACAUGUUCAGAAGUUUUGUUUAAUUCAGUGACAUUCUAAAUCAACUUGUUACAAUAAACUGAGCAUAUUGACAGUAUUGAUUUAUUUACUUGGGAGGGGUUAAUGCUUAAGAUUGAGACCUGUCAGGAUUUAUGUAAACUAAAGUUAGAACUGAAGUACAGUUUUCAAGGAGUAUUAAACACACAGACUGAAUAUUACAAAAUCACGUAGAGUCCUCUGCUUAUAAAUAAUACUUUCAUUUUAUUUACUUAUCUCUUUCUAUGUAAAGGUAAAACAAAUAGCCUUUGAAUUCAGGUUUGUAAUGUAUGUCCAAAAUGUGUUUCCAAUCUGUAUUGUGCUACAAGCCUCUUUUGUGGAAAACAUGAUGAUCUUAAGUAUGAAA